AUGGAUAUAAACUACCUUUUGAAUUUCAUCUCAAUAGCUGAAAUAUCGCUAGUAAUUGAUUUACUGAAGUUAAAAGAAAUCCAAAAUGUGGUCAAUAUAAAUUGUGAUGGCCAAAAAAGUAUUUUUCACCACAAAAUAUUGAAUGACAAUAAUAUUCAUGCUUCAUACUGGAGUUUGAAUUCUACAGACCAAAAUAUGAUGCAAAGGUCAUAUCAUAAAACUGGGGUCAUACUUGAUGCUUCAUGCAGUAACUGGGAGCAGGCUCUGAACAAUUUUGACAACAGCAUGUUUAGAAAUGAAUUCAUAUGGUUAAUUAUCACUGAAGAUCUUCUAUCUACUGCAAGAUCAUUGUCCAAUUGCCCCAUUGAGAUCGAUUCUGAUGUAACUGUGGCUCUAAAAACUAAUGGUAUUUUUAUGCUGUAUGAAGUGUUUCAUACAAAUUAUUCGAGUGGCGUGAUUUCGAUACGCAAUGUGGGAUAUUGGGAUACUACCCUGCAUAUAGCUACUUCUUCUAGAAGGGAUCUGCAGGGCUUAAAGAUGCGGUGUCCGGUGGUCGUCACCGACAAAGUUGUGCAUCAAACUUUUGAAGAGUAUCUCAGCAAGCACCAAGUGUUUCAAGUGGAUUCACUCCACAAGUUGAAGUUCGUGGCAUUGUUGAAUUACAUUCGCGAUAUGUACAAUAUGAGCUAUGAGCUGCAACGCACCAACUCCUGGGGCUACAUGCGUAACGGCUCGUUCGACGGCGUGGUCGGCUCGCUGCAGAGACAGCACGCAGACUUUGGGGGAUCCCCGCUGUUCUUCAGAGCCGACCGGGCAGAGCUGAUCGAUUACAUCGCGGAGACUUGGCAAUCUAGACAAUGCUUCAUCCUCCGCCACCCGAAGCACCCUGGCGGUUACUACACGAUCUACACGCGCCCUCUUACGGCCAAAGUCUGGUACUGCAUACUGGCGAUGCUCAUAUUCUCUGGGGUCAUCCUAUGUCUGAUGCUGAAGACGAAAGUAACGCAGUCCCACGAAAAAAGCACGGACUCAUCAUUCAGUUUGGCUUUGCUUUUUGCAUGGAGUGCUAUUUGCCAACAAGGGAUGACAGUAAACAGAAGUUCUACAUCGGUGAAGAUAGUGGUGAUCGUAACGUUUGUGUACGCCGUGACGUUGUACCAGUACUACAACGCGACAGUGGUGUCCACGCUGCUUCGGGAGCCGCCUAAGAACAUCAGGACGCUUGAGGAUUUAUUGCAGAGCAACUUGAAGGCUGGCGCCGAAAACGUUCUGUAUACUAAGGAUUACUUUAAGCGUACGACGGAUCCAGUAGCCCUAAGAAUGUACCACAAGAAGAUCGCUCCGAAGCACCAGUACAACUUUUACUCGCCCGAAUACGGCAUGAGCCUGGUGAAGCAAGGAGGCUUCGCGUUCCACGUUGAUAGCGUGGUGGCGUACAGGAUCAUGAGAAAAACCUUCACGGAGAGGGAGAUCUGUGAGGCUCAUGAGGUGUUAUUGUACCCUCCGCAGAAAAUGGGCAUGGUCGUUAGGAAGGCGUCGCCUUAUAAGGAACAUUUCACUUACGGAAUCCGCAAGAUCUACGAAGCAGGCCUGAUGGACCGGCUCCAAAGCGUGUGGGACGAACCGAAGCCUUCCUGCGUGCAUACGCCCGACAGCAGCGUGUUUUCCGUCUCCAUUGUGGAGUUCUCAACGGCUCUCCUCGCGCUAGUGGCGGGAAACGUCGCCGCCAUCUUGGUUUUGUUCGCCGAGAUAGUGUUGCAUAGAUGCGAGAUGAAGAAACGCAUAGCGUUUACACAUUAGGUUAACCCUUUUAGCGCGCAUAACAUAUUAUUAUUGUUUGUUAAU